UUUAGCUUUUCUUGUUUCUAAGAAAUAUUAUUAUCAAUUAAGAGGAAAAGUUAUUCUUGACUUUUCUUUAACUGUAUCCAAAAGACGUGUGCUUAAGUUAUUUUUCAUUCCUUAAAAGACUUUUGUGCUGGCCCUAAACUUCAUUUUUAAUCCUUUUCAAAAUGUUAGCGGAUCAUGUAAAACGUAUUAUUAUAAACACAGGGAAUCUUAUCAGUUCGAAAGAGCUCAAGAAAAAAGCAAUUCAAACACCUACGGAAGAGGUGUUUGAUAGCAUCUCUACAGUAUUCCUUUCUUGGCUGAGUAGAUUGCAAGAAGAAGCAGUAAAUGACUCAACAUCUGUCUAUUGUGUUAGCCCUCAUGCUAUUAAAGCAAAUCAAUCUGAUCGUGCAGAACUGAAAAUAUCAAUAAAAAUUUUCCUUGGGCAUUAUGAUUGUGAAGAUCUGAAAACAUCCAUUCUGGAAAUGAUGAAUUCUUUGGAUGUAAAUGUUGUUGAUUCUUUAAUAUUGAGUUUACCUCUUAAAUCUCUUGAGGAAAAAUUUGAUCUGGAAAAAAUGAAACCGCUUUGGACAAUUUUGGAAAAUUUCGUGCAUGAAGGAAAACUGAUAACUAUUGGUGUCAGUGAUUUGGAUACACCAGAACUUGCUGAAUUAUACGAGUGGGCUGAGGUAAGGUAUGUAAAGAUAAAACCUAGUGUGAAUCAAGUAAACAUUGAAUCUUGUUGUGUGAUGCCCCCAGAAUUAACAGCAUUUGCAAAGGAGCAUGAUAUACAGCUCUUAACACAUAAUGAUCCAAAAGUGUUACUUCCUGAUAAAAUGCUACAUAACAUUCUGGAGUCAGCAGUGACAACUUAUGAAAACUGGAAAAUCAGUUGGAUUGUACGGUAUGCUGUAGUAAUAAAAUGUCGUGGUAUAAUUCAAAAUAAAGGAUAUCUGAUGUGCACUGAGAAAAAUACUUGAAUUAUAAAUUAUUUAAAAGCACACUUAUGAACGCACUGUGAUCAAAAUUUUAUUUUGCUAUGUUUUUCUAUAAAAAUAUGUAUUUAGAAGCUAAAACAAAUUCUAUAGCUUAAUAAUCUUUAAGCAAAUUUAACUAUCACAUCACAUUUAAUUUCAUAGAAUCUUAUUUGGUUGUAAAUAAUUUAUAAGAUAGUUUAUUUGCUGUUUCAUAUAAAACAUACUUUGCUCAUUUGAUAGCAUUGUUAUUUUUAUAUAUAUUAGCUUGAAUUAUUUGCACUUCAAAUCACACGAAAUUUCUUAUCAUUAAAGAGAUUAUGUAUUAAUAAAGGUUUUAAAUCUGUGUGUAUUGUGUAAAAUAAUUUAUUUCAAAGCACAUCAAAACUUUUUCAUUCACUUACAUCGUGUGCAUUCUAUUAUGGUAUUUUAAUUACUGUAAAGAAUUUUUAUUCUCCUUUCAGUAGAUAACGAUUUUUAAAAAUAUGUUCCAAAUAACCUCCCCCCCCCCCGCCAUCUCAAAAUGCUCUAAUAACAAAAGAUUACUGCCAAAA